AUGGAGAAUCAAUCAAAAAGGUAUCAGCUCACUUAUUCACUUAAGAAGGCACAGCCGCUAAUUAAUCCAUUCAAGAAAAAGUAAUGCUACCAUGCGAACUUAUUCCAAACGCACUAGAGGAAGCAAUCAAAAUUUCCCUAUCAAGAGACAACGUGUUGAUUCUUCGGAGUUUGUGUCAGUUCCUUCUCCAGUUCUUUCUGAGUCAUCCAUACCUCCAGAGAGCAAUUCUGAGGAUAAAUUUGACGGGGAAAAUCAAUCUUCUCUGCUCAAUUGCCAUUCGCAACAACUCCUAGGGGACAUCAGAGGUUCUUCUUCCAUAGAAUCACGCGUUUUAUCCCAUAUACCUGACACAUCUGUCUCUCCUUUGGCUGAACUGGAGUCAAAUAAUCAAAAUCGACGCGAUCACGAGAUCAGCCACUCUAAUUCACCUGAUGAUGCUUUGAAUCACAAAUCUUCAACGACGGUCAAAGGUACCAAACUAACUUCUACUAAAGAAAUCUCGAAUUUUGUGCCAGAAAGAAGACCUGGUUCAAUAUUUCAGCAUAGUAAGGACAGCAUUACGCCAGAACCAUCUUCUCCUACUCAAAACCCAAAUUUUUCAAUAAGGGGAAAUCUCGCUUCGAAUCACACUAGUAUUGAUCUAGAUUCUUUACAGAAAAAUACGCACAAGAAUACAACCUUAGCACCAAAAGAUAUUCUUGUUACAUCGUUGUCAAAUACCACACCCAAAGAAGAUACUAUUGUUACUUUAGAACCUCAUUCAGUGGAGACAAUCAAGAAAUCCUCUAUUCGAAACUACUUUAAACCAAUACCCCAACCACAACGAUCUUCGAGUCCUUUGAAACCUCAAUCUCCCGUACUUUUAAAUUCCCCUCAGAAACCAAUAUCAUCUCCACCUUCGUCGCCUCCUCCAAUACCUGGCAAUCCACUCGUAUCAACGAAAUCAAAACUCGUUCGUCGUCGCAUUAGUACGAAACCGAACUUACCGAAUAUCAACACCAUGUCUGACAUUCAUGAAGGUGAUUUGCAGGAGCUUGGUGGUGACUUUACAGAUGAUGCACGAGUUGAACUGAUGGAACGUUAUCAUGAUGCUCAGGAUAUGAGAGAUCAUGCCAUCAUCGACCACGGUACUCUUCUUCCUCUCGCUGAUCAACCCCUUGACAUCCCAGAACGUGCAAAGCUCAAAGCCGAUAUUGCUCGCCCAAUGGGUUUUGCCCUUCAUCAACAAAUUCUAGAUCUGGGCCAAUCCUUCCAUAAUAAAUGUCAAAACUGCGGUAUGCAGUACGCUAUAAACCUCGCCGCCGAUCAACGACUCCAUGAUAACUUCCACAAGAUCUUUCGCAUGGGUGGACCUACUUUUAAGCCUAAAUAUGUCAAUACCCAAACAUGGCAAAAGGUGAUUGAAAGCGAACUCCACAGUAUUCAAUGCAUUAGCUACAAAGAAUCCAGUCCCAUUCGAAAUCUCGUGGAGAGUAUCUUGGAAGCCACCUUAAUGGACAUGGACGGCAUCUUACCAAAAUCCGAGCAACUCUGGUCCAUGAUAACCAGUCCCAACGAUCUCAACGAUCCUAUCCCCGUUCCCCGCUACAAAGUCUUCCUCUACCUCAUCGGCGCCCGACCAAUCGGUAUUCUCCUCGCUGAGCGAAUAGGCAAAGCAAACACUAUCAUGACCACUACCCAGAAUCCCGAGACCAUCCCCCCCUCCCCACAUAUUAACACAUCCAUUAUUCCUCCAACAUCCAUCACCCCCAUCCCACAUGAUGCAUACAUGUGUAUCGAUCGACUAUGGGUGCACUCUGAUUUCCGACGCAAGGGCAUCGCCACCGCGCUUGCUGAUCAGGCUAGAGAAAAAUUCAUCCCCGGUUUGAUUGUGGAGAAAAGGGAAAUGGCUAUUAGUUAUCCGACUUCUGUGGGUGAAGUGUUUGCGGAGAGGUAUUUUGGGGGGGUUUUUGAGAGUGGGAAGCUUGCGGUUGGGUGAUUGUUCUUUGUGGGGGAUAGAGGGAAUGGGAUGGAGUGGAGUGAAGUGGGAAUUGAGGAUUAGAUUGGAUUGGGUUAAAUUGGAAAUAGUAUGGGAUGGUUAGAUAUAUGAUUAUGGGUAUGAAUAAUGAAUAACGAAAGAACGAAUCAAUAAAUAAAUCAACGAAUAAAGAAACAAACAUUUCCCCCUCUUCUC